AUCAUACCGAACAUUUUUCACUUUCUCGGGAAAAUGUGCCUCCUUCAGUUCACGUAAUCGCGACAUUAAACCAAAAACAUUCGUUCUCUGUUUUCUUUUCUUCUUGUUUAGCUAGUUACGUCGUUGCAGUGCGUUCGAGCUUUUUUCGGAUCGGUUUCUCAGUAAUGUGGAAGCUCGCACGAUUCGCCGCAACAAGUUUGGCCCGAUCGCGGCGGUUCUCGACGGCGAUUCCAGGUCCGUGCAUGGUUCACAAGCGCGGUGCAGAUAUCCUGCACGAUCCAUGGUUCAACAAGGAUACUGGGUUUCCCUUGACUGAAAGGGAUCGGUUGGGGCUUCGGGGUCUCCUUCCUCCUCGUGUCAUAUCAUUCGAGCACCAAUAUGAACGUUUCAUGAAUUCAUACAGGUCCUUGGAGAAGAACACCCGGGGCCAAUCAGAUAAAUUUAUUUCCUUAGCGAAAUGGAGAAUCUUAAAUAGACUGCAUGACAGGAAUGAGACUCUGUACUACAGAGUUCUUAUUGAUAAUAUUAAAGAGUUUGCUCCAAUAAUCUAUACUCCUACAGUUGGAUUAGUGUGUCAAAAUUAUUCAGGGUUAUAUAGGCGCCCACGUGGAAUGUAUUUUAGUGCCAAAGAUAAAGGAGAGAUGAUGUCGAUGAUCUAUAACUGGCCUGCAAAUCAGGUAGAUAUGAUUGUCUUGACAGAUGGUAGUCGUAUUCUUGGCUUAGGUGACCUUGGAGUUCAAGGCAUUGGAAUACCAAUAGGAAAACUUGAUAUGUAUGUUGCUGCUGCUGGUAUGAACCCACAGAGAAUACUUCCAGUUAUGUUAGAUGUUGGCACAAACAAUCAAAAGCUACUUGAAGAUCCACUUUAUUUGGGAGUUCGACAACCUAGGUUGGAAGGUGAAGAGUACCUAGCAGUUGUGGAUGAAUUCAUGGAAGCUGUCCAUGCUCGUUGGCCUAAGGCUAUUGUGCAGUUUGAAGAUUUCCAAAUGAAGUGGGCUUUUGAAACUUUGUACCGAUAUCGCAAAAAGUUUUGUAUGUUUAAUGAUGAUAUUCAGGGCACUGCUGGUGUUGCACUUGCCGGAUUACUGGGAACUGUAAGAGCCCAAGGUCGACCAUUGUCUGAUUUUGUGAAUCAAAAGAUAGUUGUGGUUGGAGCUGGGAGUGCAGGUCUUGGUGUUCUUAAGAUGGCUGUCCAGGCAGUUUCAAGGAUGUCCGGGUGCAGUGAAACAGCUGCCAAAAGUCAAUUCUAUUUAAUUGAUAAGAAUGGUCUUGUCACAACAGAAAGGAGCAAUCUAGAUCCGGCUGCAGUUCCCUUUGCUAAACACCAAAGUGACCUAGAAGGUCUUGCAGAGGGUGCUAGUAUAAUUGAAGUGGUUAAGAAGAUUAAGCCACAUGUGCUUGUUGGAUUGUCUGGGGUUGGUGGUAUUUUCAAUGAGGAGGUGCUUAAGGCAAUGAGAGAAUCUGUUUCGACAAAACCUGCUAUCUUUGCAAUGUCUAAUCCCACAAUGAAUGCUGAAUGCACUGCUACUGAUGCUUUUAACCAUGCGGGAGAAAAUAUAGUGUUUGCCAGUGGAAGCCCUUUCGAAAAUGUAAAUCUUGGUGAUGGAAAAUUUGGCCACGUAAAUCAAGCCAACAACAUGUACCUGUUCCCAGGGAUUGGUUUGGGAACACUUCUGUCAGGUGCUCGUCUCAUAACAGAUGGAAUGUUGCAGGAAGCAGCUGAAUGUCUUGCUUCAUACAUGACUGAGGAAGAUAUCCAUAAAGGAAUUUUGUAUCCAUCAAUUGAUUGUAUACGGAACGUUACAGCAGAGGUUGGGGCUGCUGUUCUAAGAGCAGCAGUUGUAGAAGGGCUGGCUGAAGGACAUGGUGAUGUAGGAUCAAAAGAACUUGCACACAUGUCAAAAGAGGAUACAGUAGGGUACGUUAGAGAAAACAUGUGGUUCCCUGAGUAUAGCCCCCUUGUUCAUGAGAAGUAAACACUUCACACAGCUCAAUGCUGCAGUAAUGCCUUCUUUUCCAUUUUUUGUUUCCAUCCAUAGAAAUUCAUAACUUGUAAGUUGUAACGUUUAUGGUUGUUGAGGUCUUAGGGUUGAAAGAGAUGUGUUCUCCAUUGUUGUAGCAGUGAAUUGUCAAUGUAACGGUGUUUAUCUAGAUUUAA